UAUUCACACGAUGGCCAAUAUGUAGCCUCUGGGUCUAGUGACUCUUUGAUUCGCAUUUGGGAUGCAAAAACGGGCAAAAUCCACAUUCUCAUCGGGCAUGAAUCCGGCAUCAACGCAAUCGCCUUCUCUCCCGACGGUUCUUGCCUGGCAUCUGCGUCAAGGGAUGGAACGGUCAGGAUCUGGGAGGCCCCUUGGGACGAUGAUCAUAAGCAAGCUCAAUUGAUAUUACGCGGACACUCUUCCGAAGUUGACAACCUAUCUUUUUCCCCAUUGGAGUCCGAGAAACAUGUCGUCAGUUGCUCCGCAGACCAUACACUUUGUAUCUGGGACUAUGGCCGGCAUGAGGUAGAAAGGGUUGCUAGAGCAUCGAUCGACGUUGGUGGAGAGGUUGACCAACGGGUUCCAGGCCAUAAAACACCCAUAUCAUGCUUGGCCUUGUCAAGAGAUGGCAAGGUUGUUGCCUCGGGUUCGAAAGACGGCUUGAUCUGCCUCUGGGGUGGGGAUAUAGGGAGCUUUCGAGGCCAACUUCGUGAACACCGCAAAAAAAUCACAUCACUAGAGUUUUCGCAUGACUCUCGGUAUCUGCUUUCAUCAGCUCGAGAGCGCACAGUUAGAGUUUGGGAUGUGACGAACGGGCUACAGCUAUUCUCGAUUCGACAUGCUGAGAUGGUAUGGUCUGCCGUCUUCUCGCCAGACGGCAAUUUCGUGGCAUCGGGGUGCGAUGAUAGAAUGGUGCGCGUGUGGGACAUGCAGCGUCUAGUCCACGAGAGCAGCAAUAAUGAGGCGAGUAACGAUGACAUCAACUACAACUAUAGCCACAAACUCCAAGGCCAUACCACUUUCGUCACGUCAGUUGUAUUUUCCAAGGAUGGGAGGUACAUCGCGGCUGGUGGCCGCGACGGCAGAGUUCUAUACUGGGACCUU